AUGGCCAAAUCUCACUGGCUGAGCAAUGCUCAACCACAGCCUGAGACUCCAUCAGAAAUGAACAUCACUUUAGAAAAGUUGCUUGCUCCAAUAACUGAAAAAUUGAAAUAUUUGCUGAAGAAAGCAGAGGACUUCCAGACUUACCUUCUGUACAGCGUAUCAUGUUUCUUCUGUGGGAAAUUUUGGAUGAAUGAGACUUGGCAAGUUUCCAUCUUUCGCUACUGCAUCUCAGCACCGUACACAGCUGCUCAUAUUCCCCACAAUCUUUAUAAGAAGAUGCGCUGGAACCUGGACAUCUUGGAGGGGUAUGCUGCUCGGAAUCAAACCCUCCGGACAGAAUACUACUUCCUAUGCUUCCGUGAUACAGGAGAUGAAACAACUGUGAAAAUGCAGAAGCUUUGGUCCAUAGGACGGUGGGUGCCUAUAGAUCCUGACAGUGAGCACAGUUCUGAUGUACUAUCCUGGGUGUUGUGUCACCAGCCCACAGGCGAUUAUCAGCAGCUCCUAACAAUUGGAUUUGAAGAACCUUCUCACACCUUAGCUACAGACCUCUUAGUGCAGAUGCUACACGCUCAGAGUUCUGGUCUUCUUAAUCGGGAGUCAUCCUGCUGGGUGGGCCCAGGAGAACAGGUGCAGUAAAAUGUACAUCCCCUUCAUGUGCACCAUAAUGUGUAUUUCAUGUAUACACAUUAUCAGCAUCACCAAUAGCACAUUAUCAAGAGCAUUAUUCCAGAUGCCAGUGUUUUGACACCACAGUCAAAAGAGCAUAUGUGUUUUGUAUUACAAGUAUGAAAAUAUUUAGAGUUUGGCAACUUUGUUUUGACAUAGAAAAAAAGCAUUAUUUUUUAUUUCACAUCCCAUUUUAAUUUCCUUAGAUAUAUUUCUGAAACUAUCUAGGAAAGAUAUGAGAGAAUUUGUUUUAAGUUAUAACAGUUUCUUGAAUAUUACAACUCAUAUCAAUUCCAAUGUAUUUUGAGACUAUUCCUUCAUAUUAUUUAAGGCUGUAGAUGUUAAGAACUGAUACAUAAUAUAUCUGGGAGAUCAGGCUGUGGAAAGGUAUACUUCAGCUUCAGUUCUAAUUAUUUAUUUAU